UGAAAACGAUCCCACCUGCACUUCAGAUGACUGUUGUAGAGCUUACUCUUUACAGGCUAAAAGAAAAUAUUGGCAAAAUGCUCCAGUGGCACUAAGCUAUUUGCAGUCCAUUAUCUUUAAAGAUUUGUAACCACUACGAGUGUGUGAUCAGAGAGCAGACAAAGUGGGAGGGAAGGAUUCAGGACUUUUUUACCAGAGACUUCUUAAAAGCCACAAUGCAUCCAAGAGUGUCCAGGAUCUAACAGAACUGUUAUCUGGUGUGAUUAAGUGCCCUAUAUGGGUGGUAUGAGUAAUAGACUGAUCUCACUCAGACAGAUCCCCAGACAACACCCAGCAUUACUUACACCGGGCGCACCGUAAGGCUUUUCUCCCCGCUGCUGAAACUUGUCAAGACAACACUGCCUGGAGCAUCAUGUUGCAGACAAUCAAAGAGUGGCUGUGGUGGGAACGUCUGUGGCUUCCAAAAAGAGUCUCCUGGGCAGAUCUCGAGGACAAAGAUGAUCGCAUUUAUGCCAAAGCCUCUCAACUUUAUGAUGCGGUGCCUUGUGCCCUCUGCCUGCUGGUGGUCAGAUAUCUGUUUGAAAGAUACUUAGCCAUGCCGCUGGCUAAUGCUCUUGGGAUCAGAGACAAGGUGCGUCUCACAGCUGAGGAAAACUCAAUCCUAGAAAAGCACUUCUGUAGACAAGCCAGGAAUCCAUCACGGGCUGAUGUUUGGUCUCUGAGUAAGAAGACCGGUUGGCCAGAGAGGAGAGUAGAGGUGUGGUUCAGGAGGAGGAGGAACCAGGAUCGACCUGGACUUCAAAAGAGGUUCUGCGAGGCCAGUUGGAGAUGUGUGUUUUAUCUUUGUGCAUUCCUUGGAGGACUGUUGGCCCUUUAUGAUAAACCCUGGUUUUAUGAUCUAAGGGAGGUUUGGACAGAAUUUCCUAAACAGUCCAUGCUCCCAUCGCAGUACUGGUAUUACAUAUUGGAAAUGGGCUUCUACCUUUCUCUGCUCCUCAGCCUAACGUUUGAUGUGAAAAGGAAAGACUUUCAAGAGCAGGUCAUUCACCAUGUAGCUACAUUGAUACUUCUGAGCUUUUCCUGGAUUUCUAACUAUAUUCGUAUCGGAACCCUUGUGAUGGCAGUUCAUGACUCUUCUGACAUAGUCCUUGAGGGGGGGAAAUUGUUUAACUACGCCAAAUGGAAGAAGACUGCUAAUGUCAUGUUUGUGGUGUUUACACUUGUCUUUAUGAUGACAAGGAUUGUUAUUUUUCCCUUCUGGCUCAUUCACUGUACAUGGGUGUACCCACUGGAUCACUAUGACCCCUUCUUUGGCUACUAUUUCUUCAACUUGAUGUUGCUGGUUCUGCAGAUUCUUCACAUCUACUGGGCUUUUCUAAUAUCGAGAAUGGCUUACACGUUUAUCUUCAACAAGCAACUGGAUGGCGAUGUCCGGAGCGACCAUGAAGAGGAUGACAGUGACUCGCCAAAGGAUAUAAAACCCAAACUGAGUCACAUGAAUGGUGCCAUAAAUGGUGCCAGAGGUCGAACUAACGGUCACUGACUCGUACAGAGAAAAAAGGAUGUCCACUGCAGAUAGAUGUACUUGAGUUAAAUUUAAAAAAAUUUAAUAGAGUGAAAUUGUUUUGAUAGAACUGUGAAGGAACCUAAAUACUGUGAUCUUCUAUUAGCCCUAGUUAAAAUAUAGGAUUAACAGUUUAUUGUCUUUACUUGUAUUUUUAUGUUAGGGUUACAAACUGGCAUGAUCAUAAAAAAACAAGGGUGAUUUUGCAUCUUGAAAUCACAUGUUUCUGUUUAUGCUGCAGCAUUUGAUCAGACUUUAUGUAUUUAUAACAUUUUAUGACUGUGUUCGUGUCUUUAGGGCACUGUAUAUCAGUAUUUAUUUUGGUCCUGUUAAUAAUGUGGGAGGCAAGCUAUGAAAGAUUGGAUGCUCACUGUAGCACCACCACGCCCUCUAGUGACAGCUAGAAACCCGGUCAGAGCUCGUAUCCAGGGAAACCGUCUCUAUAGAAACCGCUACGCAAACCAUGCGUUGUAGCUUUAACUGAAGCUGUCGACGUCUGUUAGAUUAUUGGCGGAUAUAUUUAUUUACUUUUCCCAGUCAAAAUGGCUUGUAAGAGAAUAUUUCGGCCUAAAGUGAAAACAGGAAACUGGAAUGAAGACCUGGUCCUAGAGGAGG